CCAUGGAACAGGAAGGUGACAAUGUGCUGCCCCCGGCUAUGCCAAGCCAGGGCACUGUCAAAGCUCCCAUGCACGGUUUUGGCCCCGGCAUUAUGUAGCAGGGCUAACCCAGCGAGCAGCGCCAGCCCCCCGAGCAUCUCUGUCCGGUCUCCUCCUGCAGGGUGACAUGUGCAGCGCCUAGCCGCCACAUCUGCAGCAGGAAACACAGGGGGGGGCGGGGCCUGGUCACGUGACACAGAGCGCAUCCAUCCAGCCGCCGUCCAAUCGGCUGCGGGGAGCUAUGUUCCUGCGACGUGUACGUUGUCAGGUAAAGCCGUAAAGUAGGGCUGCCAAGGCAUCAUUUUGCGACGUUGCCACAGAGGCUGGCAAUGGAUGCGGUUUACGGGGGUGGAUUACUGUGCCUGUGUGUGAGCGGCUGGUUGAUGGCAGUCCUGUCUGACUGCCGCCGGUACCUGCAUUGAACGUUAGAAGCCGCUGUGGGUGCGACAUGGGAUUCUGCAAGAGGCUGCUGGUGACAGGCGGGGCGGGCUUCAUGUAAGUAAGCGGGUGAUGGGCACCAGGCAUGGGUGUAGGAAGUUAUGGGACAGAGUUACUGUGAGAGCAGUCCAGGCUGGGCAGAGUGUGCCUGGCUCAGUCAGUGACUCACAUUAUAUACAUUGCAUUACUAUGGGUGGCCAUCCUGCAAUGUCUGUCUCCCCGUUUACAUGGCUACAGAUGUUUUAAUCUGUUAAAUAGAAAAAAAAUAAAAUAAACAAUGUAGUCGUAACAAUAAUACACUUUAACCCCUAAAGGACGAAGUCUAUAGUGCACGUUCUGAUCAAAACAAAAACUGGAAUUUGCGCUAUAUGUCUGUUCAACCGUAAUUCACCGCUGUCACAUUAAGUGCACCCACACUUAUAUAUCAUUUUGUUCAGGGGAAACAGGGCUUUAAUUUUUCAUUAACUAUUCAUAUAUGAAACAUAAUUUAUUAUGAAUAAAAUAAAAAUGAAAAACUGCGAAAAAAAAUAAAAUAAUAAUUGUAGUUCCGCCUGACAUUUUAGCUGUAAAUGUCACAAUACUGUUAGCUUUAACUGCAAAAAAGGACAUAUUUGGAUUCAGCAAAAUCUCACGAGUACAACAGUAUCCACCAUUAACAGUUUUUAAGGUGUUUUGGAAAGAGACCGGGUAAAAUAUAGCACAUUCCAUAUUUUAGUUUUUUCACAUUGAAAUUUGCCAGAUAAAUGUUACCUUUGAGACCAAGAAUAUUAAUCUAGACCAAUUUCUUUUAGUUUGAAGACUAACCUAUUGUGAGGAACCGUAUCAAAUGCCUUGGCAAAGUCCAAGUAGAUCACAUCCACUGCAACACCCUGAUCCAUACUUCUACUUACUUCUUCGUAGAAUGCAAUUAGGUUAGUUUGACAUGACCUAUGUUUCAUAAAACCAUGCUGAUUAUUGCUAAUAACAAAGUUCUUCCCAAUGAAUUCCUGAAUAUUAUCCCUUAAUAGCCCUUCAAAUAUUUUCCCAGUUACAGAAGUUAAGCUCACAGGUCUAUAAUUUCCAGGCAAGGAUUUUGAACCCUUUUUAAAUAUAGGAACAACAUCUGCCUUCCUCCAAUCCUCCGGUACAACACCUGAAACAAAAGAAUCUUGAAAAAUUAAAUACAGAGGUUCACUUAUUUCCCCACUUAGCUCCUUAAGUACUCGUGGGUGAAUACCGUCAGGCCCCGGAGCUUUAUUUACAUUAAUUUUCUUUUAAUAGCUGUAGCACCUUGUCUCGAGUUAUCCAAUCACAAGUUAUUUGUAAGUUUUUUGCAGCAAACAUUUGCAUAUCUCUUGCCAUAGGAUCCUCAUUAAUAUAUACUGAAGAAAAAUAGUUAUUUAAAAUUUCUGCUUUUUCCUGGUCUUCAUUAGCUAAUAAACCCAACUCUGUUUCAAGUGUUACCUACACUUUCAUUUUUUGUUUUUUUAGAAUUGAUGUACUUGAAAAAAAUUUUGGGGUUGCUUUUGCAUUCUUUUGCUAUCAAUUUCUCAUUUUCUAGUUUGGCGACUUUAAUUGGCUUCCUUAUAUCUUAAAUUGGAUGCCUUUGAUUUGUCUGAUUUAAAUGCUUUAAAUGCCCUUUCUUAUUUUUAAUCUCUUGUUUUACUUCUCUACUAAGCCACAUUGGUUUUAAUUUGUUUCUUUUAUAUUUAUUACCCAAUGGUACAUAUUGAGAAAUGUACCUUUCUAAUAUAUGUUUGAAUAGUUUCCAUUUAUCCUCAGUGUUUUUAUCACUUAAGGAGUUUAUGCCAGUCGAUAUGUUGUAGAGCUGCCCUAAUCUUAUUGAAAUUGGCUUUUUUAAAGUUAUAUGUUUUAGUAUACCCCACCUACUUUUGCUUUUUUGAGUUUAUUUCAAAAUUUACCAUAUUGUGAUCACUAUUCCCCAAAUGCUCCUCUACUUGAAUGUUGGUUAAGAGAUCAACAUUGUUUGUUAUGACAAGAUCCAGACAAGCAUCCUUUCUAGUUGGUGCUUGUACCAGUUGUGACAUAAAGGUGUCAUUUAACACAUUCAAAAACCUGAUUCCCCUUGCUGAAGUACUAGUCCCUCUUUCCCAAUUUAAGUCUAGAGAAUUAAAAUCUCCAAUAAUUAACGUGUUACCUCGAUUUGCAGCUUUCUCAAUUUGCUCUAACAGCUGUUCUUCCUCAUUAAUAUUUACAUUAGGUGGUUUAUAACAUAUCCCAACCAAUAAUUGAUUUCCAUUUGUUUGCCCCAACAGAUAUCUACCCAUAAAGCCUCCACCUUUUCCUCGUCACACUCCACAUGCCUAAGAUUUGACUUUAACUCAUGGUUGACAUAUAAACAUACCCCACCACCCUUCUUGUUUUUCCUAUCCUUCCUAAAUAACGUGUACCCAUUUAACUUAACUGCCCAGUCAUGUGUCUCAUCCCACCAUGUUUCUGUUAUGCCUAUUAUAUCAUAUUGUUUAUUGUAUGCUAUUGCCUCUAGUUCCCCCAUUUUGUUAUAUAGGCUCCUUGCAUUAGUAAGCAUACAUUUAAUAUUAUCAUGAGUCUUUUGUACUUUUUGUGAAUUAUCAAUAUUACAUACCUCCUCUGUUCUGAGUUUUCCCCUCCCCCCAUCUCCACCCCCUUUGUUCUGAGCUAAAGCCCAUCUCCUUUCCAUCCUAUCUCCAUUUUCUAGAUUGCUUUGACCCUCCCCCCCUACCACUAGUUUAAAAUCUCCUCCAACCUUCUAGCCAUCCUAUCCCCCAGCACAGCAGACCCUCUUCCGUUUAGGUGCAAUCCAUCAUGACUAUACAGGUUGUACCCAAGCGCAAAAUCGGCCCAGUGCUCUAAAAACCCAAAACCCUCUUUCCUGCACCAAGACUUUAGCCACGCAUUGACCUCUCUAAUCUCCCGCUGCCUUUCUGCUGUAGCGCGUGGCACACGUAAUAUUUCUGAAAAAAUUACCUUGGAGGUCCUUUUCUUAAGCUUGCUUCCUAGUUCCCUGAACUCAUUCUUUAGGACCUUCCAUUUUCCUCUGACUUUGUCAUUGGUACCAAUAUGGGCCAUGACAGCUGGGUCAUCUCCAGCCCCUCCCAAUAAUCCCUCCACUCUGUCGGCAACAUGCCAGACCCGAGCACCCGGGAGAUAGCAAACUGUCCGGUUGAGUCGAUCAGAGCGGCAGAUUACCCUAUCUACUCUCUUAAUAAUAGAGUCCCCUACCACCACAACCUGUCUAGACUUCCUUACCCUCUCAACCCAACCCAUACUAGAGGGGCUGUUUCCACGGCUGUUAGCAGGAACAGCUUCCUGCAGUACAGCUACUCCUGAGCCUAUGCUCCCAACAUCUUCACUCAAACGGGCAAAUCUGUUAGGCUGCAUGAGAUCAGGACUAGCUAAACCUUUUCUCUUCCCUCCCCCCCUGCUUCCUCGACCCACUGUCACCCAGCUACGUGCCUGUUCCCCAUCUGUUUUAUCUCCUCCCUCUCCACUACCUGUCCCCACUAAACUCUGCUCAGUGAGCAGCAGACUCCUCUCAAGAUUGUCAAUCUCCCUCAGUGUUACAAUUUGCCUCUCCAGAUCUCUAAUCUGAGCUUCCAGAAAUGCCACUCGCUCACACCCACCACAGAGGUAUGGACCCUGGACAGAAUCAUCCAGGCAUGCAUACAUGCGGCAUGAUGUGCACUGAGUUAAAUUUGCAAUCUUGCUAGCACUCAUCCCCAGUAACAAAAAACACAAGUGAGCAAAAACAAUAUUAACCCUCUUGGUUUAAACUCCCUUGUAGUUUCAACUCCUGUUGUUUUAACUCCUACUUGAAAGAGCCUACUUUCAAGCAAACUCCAGUGAGCAAGCUCUGUGAGUCAGUAGUGGGUUUAUAUUGGCAAUACAAAUCCCACACAGGUGGAAAUUAAGGGGCACUCCCCCUUAUUAGCUCAGCAGCAGCACCCACAAGGAGGGGGGAAUAGAAACAACAAGAGAGGGGAAAGAGAAAAAAAAAAAAGAACAAAGUUUAAAUAUAUCCAAAGAGAGAGAAAUUUUAUAUAUAUAUAUAUAUAUAUAUAUAUAUAUAUAUAUAUAUAUAUAUAUAUAUAUAUAUAUAUAUAUAUAUAUAUAUAUAUAUAUAUAUAUUAAAAAGGGAAAAAAGUUACAAAAUAUUAAAAUAAAUCAAAACAGUAAGGAGAAAUAAUCUUUUUUUAGAAAGGGUAAAAGUAAAAACAAAAAAACCCCACAAAAUACAAAAAAAAACCCCUAAAAUUUAAACUUGCUUUUCUUUUCCGCUUGGUAUUAACUAAUACCGUCCACCAGUUCACCAACAAACUCCUGUUGUUUUAACUCCUAAUUAAGACUACUUUAAAUAGCCUACUUUCAAGCAAACUCUCAAGCAAACUCCACAUGUUUUUAUUGAACACACCAUGUAAACAUUCACAGUGCAGGUGGAAAAAGUAUGUAAACCCCUAGACUAAUGACAUCUCCAAGAGCUAAUUAGAGGGAGAUGUCAGCCAACUGGAGUCCAAUCAAUGAGAUGAAAUUGGAGGUGUUGUUUACAGCUGCCCUCUCCUAUAAAAACACACACCAGUUCUGGGUUUGCUUUUCACAACAAGCACUGCCUGAUGUGAAUGAUGCCUUGCACAAAAGAGCUCUCAGAAGACCUACAAUUAAGAAUUGUUGACUUGCAUAAAGCUGGAACGGGUUAUAAAAGUAUCCCCAAAAGCCUUGCUGUCCAUCAGUCCACAGUAAGACAAAUUGUCUAUAAAUGGAGAAAGUUCAGCACUGCUUCUACUCUCCCUAGGAGUGGCCGUCCUGUAAAGAUGACUGCAAGAGCACAGCGCAGACUGCUCAAUGAGGUGAAGAAGAAUCCUAGAGUGUCAGCUAAAGACUUACAAAAGUAACUGGCAAAUGCUAACAUCCCUGUUAGCGAAUCUACAAUACGUAAAACACUAAACAAGAAUGGAUACCACAGAGGAAGCCACUGCUGUCCAAACAAAACAUUGCUGCACGUUUACAGUUUGCACAAGAGCACCUGGAUUUUACACAGCAGUACUGGCAAAAUAUUCUGUGGACAGAUGAAACCAAAGUUGAGUUGUUUGGAAGAAACACACAACACUAUGUGUGGCGAAAAAAAAGGUACAGCACGCCAACAUCAAAACCUCAUCCCAACUGUGAAGUAUGGUGGUGGGGGCAUCAUGGUUUGGGGCUUCUUUGCUGCGUCAGGGCCUGGACGGAUUGCUAUCAUCUAAGGAAAAAUGAAUUCCCAAGUUUAUCAAGACUUUUUGCAGGAGAAUUUAAGGCCAUCUGUCUACCAACUGAAGCUCAACAGAAGAUGGGUGUUGCAACAGGACAAUGACCCAAAGCAUAGAAGUAAAUCAACGACAGAAUGGCUUAAACAGAAGAAAAUACACCUUCUGAAGUGGCCCAGUCAGAAUCCUGACCUCAACCCGAUUGAGAUGCUGUGGCAUGACCUCAAGAAAGCGAUUCACACUAGACAUCCCAAGAAUUUUGCUGAACUGAAACAGUUCUGUAAAGAGGAAUGGUCAAGAAUUACUCCUGACCUUUGUGCACGUCUGAUCUGCAACUACAGGAAACGUUUGGUUGAAGUUAUUGCUGCCAAAGGAGGUUCAACCAGUUAUUAAAUCCAAGGGUUCACAUACUUUUUCCACCUGCACUGUGAAUGUUUACAUGGUGUGUUCAAUAAAAACAUGGCAACAUUUCAUUCUUUGUGUGUUAUUAGUUUAAGCAGACUGUGAUUGUCUAUUGUAGUGACUUAGAUGAUGAUCAGAUCACAUUUUAUGACCAAUUUGUGCAGAAAUCCAUAUCAUUCCAAAGGGUUCACAUACUACUACCUUAACCCCUUAAGGACCAAACUUCUGGAAUAAAAGGGAAUCAUGACCUGUCACACAUGUCAUGUGUCCUUAAGGGGUUAAAGGACCACUCUAGGCACCCAGACCACUUCAGCUUAGUGAAGUGGUGUGGGUACCUGGUCCUUCUAGGGUUAACCCAUUUUUUUCAUAAACAUAGCAGUUUCAGAGAAACUGCUAUGUUUAUGAAUGGGUUAAGCCUUCCCCUAUUUCCUCUAGUGGCCGUCUCAUUGACAGCCACUAGAGGCGCUUGCGUGCUUCUCACUGUGAUUUUUCACAGUGAGAGCACGCCAGCGUCCAUAGGAAAGCAUUAUGAAUGCUUUCCUAUGUGACCGGCUGAAUGCGUGCACAGCUCUUGCCGCGCGUGCGCAUACAGCCGACGGGAGGAGAAGAGGAGGAUCGGAGGAGGAGAGCUCUCCGCCCAGCGGUGGAAAAAGGUAAGUUUUACCCCUUUCCAGAGCCGGGCGGGAGGGGGUCCCUGAGGGUGGGGGCACCCUCAGGGCACUAUAGUGCCAGGAAAACGAGUAUGUUUUCCUGGCACUAUAGUGGUCCUUUAAGGACGGAGCCAAAUGUACACGUUGUGAACGAAACAAAAUGUAAACAAAACCUGGCAUUUGUGCUACAUGUCUGUCCAACCGUAAUUCAUCUCUUUCAUAUUAAAUGCACCCACCCUUAUUAUAUAUCAUUUUAUUCAGGGGAAACCGGGCUUUCAUUUAAUAUAAAAUAUUUAGCUAUGAAACAUAACUUAAUAUGAAAAAAAUGGGAGAAAAUACGUUUUUUUUUUUUUUUAGUUCUACAUGACAAUUUAACGGUCAAUGUCAUAACACUGUUUGCUUUUACUGCAAUAAAAUACACAUAUUUGUAUUCAGCAAAGUCUCACGUGUAAAACAGUUUUCCCUAUGUACAGGUUUUAUGGCGUUUUGGGAAGUUACAGGGUCAAAUAUAGCACCUUACAUUUGAAAUUCGCCAGAUUGGUUACGUUGCCUUUGGAACUUUAUAGUAGCCCAGGAAUGAAAUUUACACCCAUAAUGGCAUACCAUUUGCAAUAGUAGACAACCCAAGGUAUUGCAAAUGGGGUAUGUCCAGUCUUUUUUAGUAGCCAUUUGGUCACAAACACUGGCCAAAGUUAGCGUUAGUAUUUGUUUGUGUGAAAAAUGCAAAAAAUGCCAAUUUUGUGGCCAAUUUUGGCUACUAAAAAAGACUGGACUUGCAAUACCUUGGGUUGUCUACUAUUGCAAAUGGUAUGCCAUCAUAGGGGUCAUUUUCAUUCUUGGGCUACCAUAGGGUCUCAAAGGCACCGUAACCAAUCUGGCGAAUUUUAUGUGAAAAAAAUGAAUGCAAGCCUUAUAUUUGACGCUGUAACUCUUGAAAACACCAUAAAACCUGUACAUGAGGGGUACUGUUAUACUCGGAGACUUCGCUGAACACAAAUAUUUGUGUUUCAAAACAGUAAAAAGUAUCACAGCAAUAAUAUCGUCUGUGUAAGUGCUGUUUGUACAUGAAAAAGGCAAAAAACUUAAAUUUUACUGGCGAUAUCAUCGUUGUAAUACACUUUACUGUUUUGAAACCCUAAUAUUUGUGUUCAGCGAAGUCUCCCGAAUAGAACAGUACCCCCCCAUGUACAGGUUUUAUGGUGUCUUGGAAGGUUAUAGGGUUAAAUAUAGUGCUAGCAAAUUAAAUUCCCUUUACUUUCGGCAUGGGUUGUCAGGCAGGUCCCGCUAAUUGUAAUUAAUGAAGAUACCUAAUUAUGUAAAGAUAUUACAUAAAUAUAUAUGUAGAAUUAAUAUGUGUGUGUGUGUGUGUGUGUGUGUCUGUUUUUUCUGUGUGUGUAUAUAUAAUUUUUUUAUUUAUAUAUAGGUGUGUGUAUAUGUAUAUAUAUUUUGUUCUACGUGUAUUUUGAUAUAUAUUAAUAUCACAAUACAGUUAGAAUGAAAUAACUCACAUCUAUAUAUUUUUUUAAUUAUUUUUGAAUUUUAUUUUUUAACAUAUUUAAUUAUUUUAUAUUAAUUAUAUAUAUAUAUAUAUAUAUAUAUAUAUAUUUAAUCAGUAUCAGUCUACGUGUAAUUUGAUAUUAAAAUAUAUAUAUAUAUUAAUAGUAAUAUACACCUAGACAGUGUGUGUGUGUGUGUGUGUGUGUGUGUAUGUAUAUGUAUAUAUAUGUGUAUAUAUAUAUAUAUAUAUAUAUAUAUAUAUAUAUAAUAUAUAUUUUUUUUUUUUUUACACUUAAUUUAUUUUUAUUUUCAGCCAGCAGGGGGACCACCUGUAAUUACAGGCAGCCCUCCUUGCUGGCAAUGCAGGAGGCAGCUAACCCGGCCAUGUAAUUGUGAGGUCCUCGCAAGGACCUCACCCUCACAUGGCCGGGGGGGUUGCCAGGGGGUCGGACGUGCCGCGGGGGGCUCCCUGGGAGUCCCCCCAACCACGAUCGCCAGCGACCGGGUAAGUAUAGAAAGACCGGAGGGCGUACUAUUACGCCUGGCGGCGUGUAGAGCCGCCUAAAAUAGGGCGUAAUAGUACGCCCUCCGGUCUUAAGGGGUUAAUGUUAUUAUAAUUCCCUGUAUGUUUUCUGACAUGUUUUUGAUAUUUGUAUUUUAUUAAGUUUGUCACAGCAAGGUUGAGGUAAUGAACAUAUGGGCUAGUCCUGAGUAAAAUAAUGUUUUGUUAGUUCUAUUUGGAACUUGUGUCCCGUGUGGAUUUUUGGGAAUCCCAGUGACAGUCUUUGGACCUGUUGGCUGGCUGCACGAUCCGAUCACUCUAGCUUUGGGAUAAAUCAAGUGAGCUAGGCUUGAAAGCAGCAAUUCCCUUUGUAAAGGCAGUAACUUUAACCACUGGAAGCAGAGCUGCAGUGGAAUCGGCAGAGGACGAUACCUGCCUGGAAGGAGAGCUUUGACCACAGGAAGCAACGCGAGACUCCAGCCAAGCUUCAGUGGCUGAAGUGCUGAUGGUGUUCCGGCAAUCGCUAGGAAGCGUGUUUGGCGGAGUCGAGGUGGUCUGCCACAAUGACAUUUUAAGAACAUAUCUCUCUGAAUAUAUACUGAUCAAUGCAACAUGAAUGUAAAAGCAAGCUAGCAAGUCACCAGCUACUCUAUAUAGAUACGUGACACUAGCACUAAAAUAUCUUAACCAUCACUGAAAAUGUCUAUGCCACAAAAAGUGUCUUCUCUACCAAAAAAAACAAAGACAAAAAGAUACUUAAGGGAACACUUCACUGACCAAAUGGGCAAAAUAUGAAAAAAGCCUUCAUGCAUGUAUCCAUUGUGGUAUGUCUUAAAAGAUCUUGCAAAAGCUGCGUUUCAUAUGAACUGCAGCCUCUACCUACGCUCCCUUUUCUUUCCUGGAAGAGACUUUCAGUCUCUUUAUGGGGAAAAGGCCAAUCAAAGGCUUGUCAUCGAAAAGCCACUGAAUGUCUCCCUCCAUGCACGUGCCUGCUGGCCACCUACAGCACUCUGCUCUAAGGUAUGAAGGAGGGGGCACACGCGCUCAAGUAGAGCAUGCCUGCCACAUCUAGUACUUCAAGGGAGCUAAUGGAAGCAGGAAGAAACCCAUGACUGUUUGUCAGGCAGUUGCUGUUUCAUUACAGUAUAUACUCGAGUAUAAGUCUAGUUUUUCAGCACAUUUUUUGUGCUUAAAAACACCCACUCGACUUAUACUCGAGUCACUGUCUGUAUUAUGGCAACUUAGAGAGCCGUGGCCGUCAGAGCCGUGGCAACGAUCCCCGCGGCAACCAGACCGCGAGGCUUACAGUGGAGCUGACCGGAACGGAGGAGAAGGGAGCUGACAGGAGCUGCAGGAAAGGUAAGUAAAUGCUUCCUGCCGGCCUCCCCACUUCAGAGCCCAUGCCACUGGACCACCAGGGAUUAAGAUAGCCCCCCUCCCUGACAGGUUAACAAGCAGGGAGGGGGGACAAAAAAAAAAAUUCAAAUAAUUAAAAAAAAAUAAUAUUAAAAUAAAAAAAUUCAAAUAAUAAAAAUGCCCUCCCCCCACCCAGUUCACACACACUACACAAACACACACUCUUCAUUAUAUACACACUCUGCAUUAUAUACACAGAGUCUGUGUAUAUAAUGCAGAGUGUGUGUUUGUAUGAGUGUGUGUGUGUAUAUAAUGCAGAAUGUGUGUUUGUAUGAGUGUGUGUGUAUAUAAUGCAGAGUGUGUGUUUGUAUGAGUGUGUGUGUAUAUAAUUAUAAAAAUCACAGAAUUUCAUAGCCCCAAGUUUUACCCUCGACUUAUCCACGAGGCAUAGCAUAUUUCACAAUUGUUGGUCACAAAACUGCACUCGACUUAUACAUGAGAUCGACUUAUACACGAGUAUAUACGGUAAUUAUUUAUUAAAAUGCCUAUUUCUCAAUGAAAUCUGCACUUUUAUGAACCGUAUUUCUAAUGUGACACUCCUCACCAAUAAAGCACUUCAACAAGGUGAAGUGAUUUAUUGGUGUAGAGUGGUCCUUUAAACAGUAUGGCUCAGUGUCAGGUGUUUUUAAUUUAAUGGAAGUAACACAUUUCAAAUAGAAAAAUAUCAAGACAAGACCAUACAUAGUGUAACGGUGUGAUCUAAAAAAAAAAAAAAAACCUCAAUCAUUUUACAAUUUGGGAGGGGGCUGUUGAUUACUUAAAUACAUUUUUGGAUUACCUCAGUCUUAAGGAGAAGGUAUUCAAAUUGGACUUCUUGCAGAGCCAAGAUAAUGUCAAUGUUUUGCAUUUGACUUUCUAUUAAUUGUCAGGUUAAACUAAACUCACUUUUGAGCCUGUAAACACAAGUUUUAAAGGCCGCAGGCCUGUAUUUAUGGGAGGAGUUAGAUUUCCUAUAAAACCCUAUACCCCUCUUCUUACCUUUGCCCUGGCGAUCAGUUCACCCAUUUCCUCGGUGACCUGCCUUUCUGGUUCCGGCCUCAGUUUGAAGCUCCCGUCUGAAGCGUUCUCAGAGUUCAUCACUACAUGUUUUACACGAAAUUUCAGACACAUUGCCUCUCGCUCAAACGACACAAAUGGAUCUUCAGGUAGCAAGCGAGGAUAGCAGCGUUUGGGCUAUUCCAUCGUUCUGGCAUUACACAAGGUUACUCUCCCUACAUGUGUUCGGCCAGAAAACCGUGCGUGCGAUUUCAGUUCUUUUGUAUUACAUUCACUGUUCAUGGUCCAUUUGUCUAAUAGCUACCUUUUCUUAUAUACCUUGUUAAUUUGUUCCUAUUUCAUGCUUGUUAUGCUUGUUUCGUAUGGAAGGGAUAUUGUUAAUUAGAAUUUUGGUAAUUACAACAAUUGUGUGUAAUCUAGUGGACAGUCAUUCGGAAGUUUUUUCCCCUAAAUAUUUCAGAAAAGUUUAGAUAUUAGACACAAUUAGGUUAAGAAACCUUAUGGGCUACCAACUAUAGUGGAUUUUUCACAUGUCAGGAGCAGUGUAAUUAUUCAACUUUGUAUGUUAUUCUUCGUAGUUAUAAGGUGUCCUAAUUUAAUUUACGUUCAUUAGAACUACAUAGUCGUUAUUAGAAUAAUUAUGUUUUGUUAUGAUGUUCAUACACUUAGAGGGGGUUUACUUUCAUGGCUUAUGUAUGUCACUUUUCUAUGCAUUUCUUCAGGCAUUUUCAAGGAUAUACAACCAAUUGUUGGCUUACAUGUGAUGCCUUAAUUUCAAAUAUCCCGAAGGUCAACUACCCUGUAAGCUUGUAUUGCCUGUUUGCUCCUGCUUUCCAGCAAGAUACUUAAAAUUUAAGUUUCUCUCUCUACAAUAUGCCUCAACACAUCCACGCUAUGUCCAUAAGAAGGGGUAAUGGGGAACAGGGCUUUAUUCCCACCUUGCCUCGUUAGGCCACAGUAUUACUCGACCAAUCAGUUAUACUAUCUUAUCUAAACUUUCAUUAUCUGAUAGUAUACAAUUUUAUUCUAUGUCUACUGUUCUAUUGGUCUCGGGUUUAGUCACAGAUACACUUUUUUUUUUUUUUUAAAUUUUUUUAAAACCAUAAAUAUUCUGAAUAAAUCAUUUUCAAAAGUUACUGAAUAAACCACUUCAGUGCUUAAAAUAAUUAUAAUCAUUACUUUCACUUUAAUUGCCUGUAGCUGGCAUACCAAACCAAAAGCUCAUCCUGAAAUAUGAGCAGUCCCUAUGGAUUACCUGUACUAGCAAAUAAUUUCUGAUGGGAGCAUUACUGAUAGACAGAAUGAAGUUACGCAAUUUAAUAUAGCGCUGAUAACAUUGUAUGAUAUAUGGGAAGUUGAGGUUAUCUCAACUAAAUAUUGCGUGUACAUACGAUUUUAUUUCUGAAGUAUUAGCGGUUGGGAACUUUGGGUCACUAGAUCGACGUAGUAAGUAAACCAAGCUGUUAUUUUGGUUAUGUUCCUUAGGGCAACAUAGUGUCUCAACAGUGAUACUUAUUGACACUGAAUUAAAUACGUUUUGAGAAGUGCGAUGUGGUCAUGGCUUUAGAACAAAAUACAUUUUGUUUUCUACCCUUUUGCAGCCUUUUUGUGUACUUUAUUUUGUUUUUUCAAAAUUGAACAUUCUCUCGUGAUAGAGGUGACCUUUUGUAACUACAAAGCUUAAUAGCAUCUUGUGAGGGUCUUGUGCCCUGAUAAAUAACUUUUUUUUUUUAUUUUUUUUUUGAAACCCUGGAAGCAAUUUCACUUCCUCUGAUUUUUAAAGUGCUGAUAUGUGUCUGUGAAUUAAAGGGAAACUAUGGUGAUGACCCUUACUUUUUGAUACAUUAGGCGGAUAAUGUAUGCAAACAAUAUUAAAGGGACACUAUUGUCACCAAAACAAGUUUAGCUUAAUGAAGCAGUUUUUUUUGUGUAUAGAUCAUGCCUCUGAAGUCUCCCUGCUCAAUGCUCUGCCAUUUAGGAGUUAAAUCACUUUUGUUUCUGUCUAUUGAUACAGCCUGCAUUUAAAAAAAAGUUUCAUUUUCAAUCAAAUGUUUUGUGUAUCCUGCUCUGUAAAUUGAACUUUAAUUACAUACAGAAGGCUCUUGCAGGGUCCAUCAAGCUAUUAACAGAACAGGAGAUGUGCAAUUCUAAAUUAAACAGAAUUUGCAAUAAAGGAUGUGUAAUUAUUAUAUAACUCUACAGAAAGUGUUUAGGAAGUCUGUGUAAGUCACAUGCAGGGAGGUGUGAUUUUAAAACUGUAUAAAGUUUGUUUUGGUGCUUUCCGUAUCCCAACCUUUUGUGUGUCUCUCCCUACCCCCCACCCUUUCCCUCUGUAUGCCUCAUUUUCCUCUUUCUCUAUGUGUCUCUUCCCUCCCCAGCCCUUCUGUAUGUCUUUUUGUCCCUCCACAGCCCCUUUGUGUGUCUUCCCCUACCCCAUUUGUGUCCCCUGCUCCUGUGCCAUUCUUUUGCCUCUUUCCCCUCCUGUGCCCUUCUUUUUGCCUCCCUCCCCGUGCUUGCUCCACCACUCCUCUCUCCAUGUAGCGUGGCUGAGCAGGUGAUCUAUAGCGGAGGAGUCUCUGUUUUCUGUACCCUGUCUAGCAGUGCAUUUCCUGUCAGACCAGGUAGAAGAUACAGAAGCUACUCUAUCGUGGCCGGCCUGCUUGGCAACACUACAUGCAGUGAACUGCAGGAGUGGAACGCUGUGCAAUGCGCUCCCCUUCCGUCGUAUCAGUUUAUGCACACCAUGACCAGACACCUCACUCGCGGUACACACCGCAGCCGACACACUAACAUGUCACGGCACACGGUUUGGAAAGCUCUGCUAGUGUAAAGACAAGCUUGGAGUCUGCCAUGUACAGUCCUUGCUAAUAAUGCUAAAAAGAAAAUUUGAGAAAAGUUGGAAAGCUGUAUAAUUGUAUUUUUGUAGACCACACACCAUGAAACAAUUCUGUUCCUCACUAUGAAUGGAAAUUUUCUGUAAACUGCUAUACUGUGGCUGCUAUGAAUUUGCCCACAGUUAUUUUAGCAUUGGGCAUAGCUAUAGACAAUACGUGUUGUUGUUGUUUAUUUUAUAUUUUAUUUUUUCCCCUCUCGCCCUCACUCACUCAUUACUGCAUCAUCCUUAGUUAACUCAGGAGCGCUUGUGUUUUUUUUUUUUUUUUGAUGGCUUUUAAAAGCCCCUUCAACAACGAACCACAUUUUGUCUCAUAAAUCCACUUUAUUACAUGGACCUCCAUAGCAAGCCAGUAGCCAACCUCAUGCCGAUCAGUUGCAUUAACAACGAAACCGCUGUCCAUGAGUGGUUAACUGGCUUUGCGCCUCUUCUUGAGUUGUGUUUUAAAGCUAUUGUAUACAGCAGACACAUAGUCCAAUGAAUCCGUGUAUAAAGUGGAAUUAUCAGUCUCAUUUGCACACGCCUACCCAAUAUCCCUUGCAGUAGUGAGAGCACUGUUAAAGUGAGAUUUCUGUGGGAAAAACAAGUCUUAUGGCUUGACUGGUGUGUGUAUUUGUGUUUAGGAAUGUGUAAACUGUGUAUGUAUGUAAUAUAUAAUCACUCACAAGGUGUAUUGGGGAAUACAGUACUCACAGGAACAUAUAAUUAAAACAAAACCUUAUUCAUGACACAUAAUUAAAAUUGUAUUGCCCAAAUGUUUGUAUUCAAUCUACAAAUUGUUUUGCACCUCUUCCAUAAUAAUAGAUUAAUCAUAGUGUGAUACACAUAAAAACUUGCAACGGUAAUGUGCAUGUAUACUACAGAAAUUAAUUCCAUUAAUUUCUUCCUCUUUCUAUCACAGAGCUUCCCACAUGAUUAUAUCACUUGUGGAAAACCAUGCUGACUAUCUAAUUAUAAACCUUGAUAAGGUAAGGCCUGUACUAGUAAAACGCUCUAGUUGUUUUGAUGAAAAGGAGAACGUCGUUGAGGAGUGGUCUGCUUUGCUUACCUGUUAUCUAUACAUGUACAAACAGUACAGCUAGCACAAUGUAUAGAUUAAAUUUGCUCAUCUGUAAUGUGCACCAGGAUGCACUCCAUUGCACUGAUGCAAUAUAUGAUGGUGAUCUUCCACACUUAUGUUUGGUGUACCUAUUACCAGACUUGGAGUAUGCAUGGUUAAAAUGUUUACCCUGGUAAUGUCCAUGUUUCCCACUACCAUAUACUACAUUUUAUUUUGCUAACAACUGUAACUUGAUAUACAAGUUGUAACUUACAACAUGAUACAUAUGUUAUCCCGCACUGCUACAUAGUUAACUUUUUCUUCUAGGCCAAGGCAGAAGAAGUACCGUGUACUCUCUACAGUACCUUUUUAGAUGUUGGGCAAAAGUAACAUCCCCAGGACAUACUUGGUGGGGAUGUUACUUUUGCCCAACAUCCAAUGCUACUAUUACCCAAUUUAAUGGUAUUCCUUUUAUCUACCUCAGAUUUGAACCUGUAAACUCCAAGGGUUGAACAGCUUGUGCUGAUGAUGCAUUAGCCCUCUGAGCCAUCUCACUGGUGUACUUGAAUUUCUCUCAUAACAGUUGAUAUUUGGUGAUUGCACCCACACCUAGCUAAAUUGACCAGUAUGUUUAUAUCAAAGCACAUGUUAUAAGCCGGCUAUGGCCACAUCUGGUCUUCCCUAAUCGAGGGUGUGGUUGCUGCAACGAAGAGAUCCUUGUGUUCCCUAAGAAUUUAUUUUACAAUUGUUCUUAAUAGUUUUUGUACAGGAGUCACGAUGAACACUCUUCCCUAGCGUUUAACUUUUCAUUAGCUGUUAAAAGAUCGCCUCUGCUGUGUUUUGUUUUUUAUUUUAUUAUUAUUAUUAUUAUUUUUUUUUUAUUUCCUCCUGUUUAUGAUUUGUUUUUCUGCCGAUACCUCUAUAGUUAUUACAAAGUAGCUUAACACAACAACCCAUUUAUAAAAUGACUUGGUUAUAUUUCCUGCCUAUGGCAUCACAAAAUUUCUGCAGUAUAUGGAGAACAAGUAACCCAAAGUUAUUAGAUUAUUCUUUUUACACUCACCCUCACAAAACAUACUCAAGAAUGGACCUCAUGCUGCUCUCACAGAAUAAUGCCAAAUGUAUUGAUUACUCGUGGUUAGACUCUUCUUCAUGGCCUGACCACUUCCCAGUUUUUGCUAAAUAUAAUGAUCUUUGCUCAAUUAACAGUGGCGCGCUAACAGCCUCCUCUGUGACAAAUUGAUAGUUAAGGAAUUAGAAGAAGACAAUAGGUUUUUCUUUGACAAAAAUAGAAGAUAAGUGAAAGCAUUCUUUGGGCAACUUCAAAGUAUAUGCUAGAGGCUCAAGGAUCUGCUGCUCUGCAUUUCAACCCCCAGAUCUACAUGUCAAAACUACGCUCAGACCUACAAAAUGCAUUGAAUUUUCAUAAAACACAUUAACACAACGAUUCUCUACAUAAUUUACUUGCUAAAUUGAAUACUACUGCUAGAGAUAAUGUAUUAUGCAAUCUGAAAAGACUUAAAGGGACACUAUAAUCCCAAAAAACAACAUUAGCUUAAUGCCCCUGCAGUCUCAAUGCAUCAUCUGCCAUUUAGGCGUUAAAUCACUUUGUUUAUGCAGACCUAGUUAUACCUCCCUGCAUGUGACUUGCACAGCCUUCCUAAAUACCUUCCUAAACACAAAGUCAUGUAAUGUUUACACUUCGUUUAUGGCAAAUUUAUGGGGUGGGGGGGGUGUUUAUUUUUACUGAAUAAUGCUGUAAGUCUAACACAUCCUUACACAAAAACAAGUCCUUCGCUAAAACUCCCACUUCUCUUGGGCUUCAGCAACAACCAUAGUACACAUCAGCCCCAAUACAUACAGUAAACCUCGGAAAGCUGGGAAGAGCGUGGGUAACUUUUUUUUGUUUUUGUUUUAUUUCUUUGUUUUUUUACUGUAUGUAUUGGGGCUGAUAUGUACUGUUGUCAUUGCUGCUGCCCAAGAGUAGUGGGAGUUUGAGCACAUGACUUGUUUUUGUGUAUUUGCUAUUGUAUGUUACAAUGCUGCCCCCCGCCCCAUGUGUUCCCUAUUAAGGGUUACUAAGUAUGUAGGGGUUUAGAAAAAUAUCCCUCACGGUCUCAUUAUAGAGAUCUUUGCCUAAAGCUCAAUGAAGUAAGGUGAAUAGUCAGUGUAGGACCCACCUGAGUGGGUUUGCCUUGACAUGGCAGGUAGGCUUCCAUCUAAUGGCCAUUGAAGUAACUAAAUAACCUCCAUUUCAUUAAAAUCUGCAUAGGGAUUUGGGAAGAGCGCUGGAAACUUUUUUUUUUUUGGUUUUACCAUAUCUUUAACCCACAUGUUUCAGGACCUGUGUGCAUACUGAAUAACUGUUAAUUGUACAUUUCUAAUAGUUCAUAUAUCAUAUAUUUGCUUUUAAUAGUAUCUUAAUGUUUCAUUGCUGUUUUCUUCAGCUUGAUUACUGUGCAAGUUUGAAGAAUCUUGAAGCUGUGGCUCAUCGACCAAAUUACAAGUUUUUGCAGGUAAUAUACAGUUCAGCGUAAUAUGCAUUAUUCACUCAGGACUGAGUGUGUGCCUCCUAAAUGCAACAGUCAAAAACGAUCUCUAAAUUUAGCCCUAAAUUGUACUUUAUUAAUUUAGCAAAGCCAGUUCAUGGUCAGGUGUGGAGAUUAACCCCUAAUGUGCAAAUGUAUACAAUUAAAAGCAGUUUGAUGUCUUCUGGAAUAAAAAAAUAUUUUAUCAAACACCAAAUUUCCAAAUAAAUGUCCACUUUGGAAGCCACAUUUAAAAAUGUAUACUUGCCUGCCUAAGAAAUAGGGAAAUAUGACAGAAAAUUGCAAAGGUUUCGCUGGUCUCUGUGUGAUGUGUGCCAGGUGUUGUCUCGGUUCAAGUAUUAUCUACAUGUUGAUUUUUAAACACCAGAUGUUGACAGACUGCUUGGGAGUUUUGGUUGAGGAAGUAAUUUAAUAGUUAACACAAGUGCCAAACCCCUGUUACAUAUAAUUUAUAUGCCUGUGAAUAAGCCAUUGGAUGUUCAGUUCCCUGUUCUAAAAUCCCUAUAGUACGUAGUUAGUUCAGGAAAUUGAUAUAGAUAGAAUAAACAUUUUUUCUCCACCCAUUUUAGUCAACAAUCAAGGUAUUUUCAUUCUGCUGAGCGCUUUAUAGAGGUGUAGUGUGUACGUUUUACUUUGUAAAAAUAUUUCCCAUCCCUGCUUUGAUAUAUAUGUACUUGGAAGUCAAGGCACGUGAAUGGGACCAAUCUGAGAGUUUGAUUUUAUUUUAUUUUUUAAUUGUAUAAUUUUUUUUACUAGACCCUGAAGUAUAGAGCCGCAGGGUGAAGAAUAAGGUAUAUUUAAUUAUGAUCCAGGAGACAAAACAAAGAUACGACGAUUCGACCGUGACACCUUAAUCGUACAUUAAAUAUACCUUAUUCUUCACCAUGCACUGUGUAGCCUGUGGCUCUAUACUUUUGGAUUUAUUUGGGGGGCUAGCUGACCCCCUCCCCCCCCCACAUAGCUCUGGUGCAUCAAGACACUACUGUGCAGCACUCCACUAUCUGGUUUCUUUAUAUAGUCUCAUGUAUAUCUCUACCUAACUAAAGCAUGUAAAUGCAUUAUUUUUUGUUAAAGAGUAACUCUAAGUGCAGGGCCGGUGCAAGGAUUUUUGCCGCCCUAGGCAAACAAAAAUUUGCCGCCCGACCAUAUGUCCUGCCCACCAAGUGACAUCACAAUGCCUCACCCAUAUGCUUUGCCAUAUGGGCCAACGCCAGCUCUGCACAAAGUAUCUUUUAUCUGAAAAGGCAGUGUGUUUACAUUAAAAAGCCUGCAGGCACAAGCUAUAGACCCCAGAACCACUACAUUAAGCUGUAGUGCUUCUGGUGACUAUAGUGGCCCUUUAAUGUGAGGUAAAUUAGAGAUUAGUGCCACUAAUAAUAUAUUGGAUUGCCUACUUACCACCAGAUGAGGACAAGAGGAUGAUGAUGGGCUCAGGCUGCAGUCUGUCUCCACAGGUCUGGUGUAGAAGAGGCUCUCUGGAGACUGUUUGUUUGUAACAGUGCUCACAACAAUUAACGAACAGGAAACAGCUCCAUCUUUUGGAGCCCCUUACACAGCUCAUGGUCUGGGCCCCCAGGGCCUGACCGUGAGAAUGCCCACAAGGCCCACCCAUGAGUCCUCUCACAUGGAGUGUAGGGGAUGUGUUAUUGUAGAGGAUGUAGUGUGUGUGUUCUUAUGGAAUGUAGUCUAUAGGGAUACCAAUUUUGUGUAAGUGACGUAGUGUGUGUGUGUAAGUGAUGCAAGGUGUGUUUCUUUGUAUGUUAUUUAAUGCAGUGUGUGUGUGUGUGUGUGUGUGUGUGUGUGUGUGUGCACACGUAAGGAAUGCAUUGUGUGUUUCGGUGUGUCUGUGUAUGAGUAGGGAUGCAUUGUAUGUUUCUGUGUGUAGUGUAAAAGAGAGGGUUUGUGGGGCAGGAUAGGGACUGAGAGGGGAGCAGCUUUUUUAUUUUUUUCAUAGUGCUCUCCCCUUCUGUCAAUUAGUGAUCUCCCCUUCCCUCCUCUCCCUCAGUGUUCUCUCCUGUCCCUUAGUGCUCUCCUUUGGCCCACUGUCGCUCUCCAGUCCCCCCUUUAGUGGUCUUCUCACUCCCCCCUUAGUGGUCCUCCCUCUGUGGUCCUUCUUACCCCCCAUAGUGUUCCUCCCUCUCCCUCCUCUAGUGCCCCUCCCCCUUAGUGGUCCUUCCUGUCCCCCCUCUCCCCAACCUCUUAGUGGUCCUUCCGCUCCUCCACUCCCCCCUUGGUGGUCCUCCCUCCCUGUUUACCAUCCUACUUAUGUAGCGUACAGAAGUUCCUGUAUCGUGGUUUGCGCCGCCCUACCAGUCACUGAAAUUUGGUGAGCCCCCUAAAUGCCCAAGUCGCCUAUAGGAUGCGCCGCACCUGUCUAAGUGCCAAAACCACUACAGCCCACUGUAGGGCAACGGUGCCAGUGUGUCCCUGGCCCCAUCCCCUGAUUCUAUGUCAAAUAAUUUUCACGAGGAUUGACACAGAGGAUACCCUAUGGGCACCUAUGACCCUGCUCUCUGCUAGCCAGCUUGUUAAUAUGGUAGUUGCAGGUUUGUUUGUUUGUUUUUGCAGAUACUUUUCCCACAUCCUAUUUCCCCAAGUUUUUAUUUUUUGAAAUUCAUCAGAAAACGUAGGAACUAUGUUACUUUAUGUGAUUCCAGAUCUUUGGUAAUCUAACAGAAUUUCACUGUGCACCAUUUCAGUUUCCAUGCUAAUGCCAAAAUAUGUUAGUCAAAAAAAUAUCACAGAAGUGAAGACAUUGUGGAAAGAGGAGAACAAGAUGGAGCUGCAUGGACGUUGCGAUUCAGCAAUGAUAAUAAUAAUAAUAAUUAAAAAAAGCAUAAUAUUAAAAUAGGAAAGUGACAAGAGGAAAAGUAUGACCCCUAAGAUAAAGUGUCACUUUAAGUCUAAAUUUGGGCAUUAUUGAUUGGCAGAGCAUGUGUGCUGGUACACUUUUCAAACGAAUGGCACUCCGAUUUUUGAUGGAAUUGAUAUUGAUAAUGUGAAAGUAUAAAAUAAUGUUUUUAGGCCAAAUCUGGCAAUCUGCAGCACUACGUCAGGAAGCACCUCUUGUAACCAUCUGGGGAGUGGCCAGUGGAGGUAUCCCUAGGCUGUAAUAUAAACACCAACUUUUCUUUGAAAUGUUUACAGCAAAAGCCUGCAGGGAUAUACUAUACUCCCCAGAACCACUACAAUAAGCUGUAGUUGUUCUGGUGAGCAUAGUGUCCCAUUAAUUUCUCUCCUUGUUCUUUUUAGUGGAUUUGAAAUAAAUAGACAUUUGAUUAACUCUGUCUGUUUAUUUGUUGGAAAUCUUGUGGUCCCAUACAAACAUCAUAGAGAUGCAUAGUUGAAAUGUGAAAUAUAUGUAGGUAAUCUUUCUAUAGAAUAUGUUCUGAUACCAGCAUCUGUUAGUUAUUUCCCCAAGUUGCAGUACAUUUAAAUGUAGGAUUGUUUGGAAACAUAAGGUCAACUGAACUGAAAUAACCAUGUGUUUAUGAACAAGACUGCAUUAAGCAUGUAUCCCCAACAAUGCUAAAUUUAGUCAUAUCCAUGCACACACAGACCGUGAUCUAUAGUAAACUGUGCUGUGGUUUGAAAGAUGAGGGUGUAGUGAUUUUAUACAGUGAUACUGUGUUCCAAUAUAAGCAAUAAUAUAUAAAUAUAGCACACUGGUUUGCUACAUUGGAUGCAGAUAAAUAAUCAAUGUUGACCAGAUGCGACUCUCUAAUUAGGCAAUUUAGGCACACUGACUGGAGCCUCGUGGCCACCUAAAUCUCCUUAGAGCGCAGUGACCGGUCGUAUCCUCUGCCCACGACCAAGGGCCUGACAACAGGAGGAGACCUGGUGGCUUGCCCAUUAUGCUGCCGUGUGCACGGCCCUUCCAUUCUGUCUGGAUGUAGAGGCCAUUGUGAGUCUUCAUUGUGCAGCUCCGAUGGGUGUAGAGCUGCAGAUGUGUACUGUUGCGCACUCUGAUACUUCCAGAGUUCGCAAGACACUAAACACAUGAUCCUCAGACCGACUAUCAAGGCACUGUCUCCCCCUCUCACACGCUGUCACCUCACCCAAAUAGACGGUCAUCACUCCCACACACAUUGUCAGCCCCUUUCACCAGCCACACUCAAAUUAACCCCUCCUGUUCCUGUCACUCACACCCUCCAAGCUUAGCAGACUCACCUGCCCUAACUCUGCCACAUUCACCUUAUUACAGUAACCCCCUAAUUCUGUCACACUCACCCCCCCUUUACCCUGCCCCACUCAUCCUGUAACAUUAACCCCUCCAACAAUACCACUCACUAGCGCCUCUAAUCAUGUUACUCUACCACACUCGCCCUCCUUAAUCCUGUCACACUCCCCUUCUCCAACCAUGCCACAUUCACCUCAACCCUGUGAUACUAACCCCCCCAACCAUGCCACACUUACCCUGUCACAUAACCGCUCCAAUCCUUUUAUUAAAUUCUUCCCCAGCAGCCAUGCACAUUCACCCUGUUUUAUUAAGCCAUCCUAAUCCUGUCAUACUUACCUCCACUCGCCCUGUCACACACACUCCUCCACUCGCCCUGUCACAACACUCAACCCCAAAGCCUGUCGCCCUCACCUCUACAUUGCCGCAGUUACCCAGUUACUCACCCUGUCAUAGUCUCAAGUUGAAGACAUUCAUCAUAUAUAUACACACACAGUCAUGAAACAUAGCUUUGCCAUAAAUACAAAGCACAACGGCCACAGGAAGCCCUCCCGCCCGUACACACAACACAAUGCAAGCAGCUACCCCACACACACAUGCUCACAGUGACAUAAAUUCAGACACACAGUCUCGGGCACAUACACACGUAGACCAUUCCAGGCUCACACAGAAAUACACACUGCCAUAUUUUUCUAUGUGUGUCUUUGAUAUACGCACAUGUAUACACACAAACACACUGAUGCAGAGAGUUUUUGCAUCUACUAGUAUGUGUCUAUGGCUGCAAUGUGAGAGUGGUAUGGUAUGGACAAUGCAAAGGUAAAGUGGCAACAUUUAUAAUAUACAUACAUAUACAAUACAAAAACAAGGGUCAACACAUAUAUAUAUUAUAUAGGAUAAUAUUUAUGUGGAAGGGAUUCUAGAUUAUGUAAGGAAAAUGUUGAUGACCUUUUCUUAUAUGUAACUUAAUUUUUUUUAUUUUAUUUUUUUAUUUAAGCCUUUUUUUUUGUUUUGUUUUUUAACCAAAUUUUUAAUUUUUGUUUCACACUGACUCUUAUGAAUACACGACUGCCACGCUAUGUAACCAUACCCGGCAAUUGUGUAUAAAUGUUUCACAUAAUUGCAAAUUAAUUUUGUUUGCAAAUUAUGCCAUAACUUCCAUCAUAGAGCUCACAACGCACUGACACAGUGCGCUGCGACAUUGCAAGCCUCUGAAUAAUGAAUACAGAGAUUAGCUCUCUCUAUCCAGCGCUGCAAGCCCGCCCUUCAAUUUAAAUACAGCUUUUCACACACACACACACACACAGCAAUAUAACUACAGCUCCUCAUACACACACACAAUACAAACCUUGUUGUGUUUUUUUUUUGGUUGUUUUUUUGUCCUUUGGGCGUUAGUGUUUGAGUUUCACCCAAGGCCUCACAAAGUCUAGAGCCGCCACUGAUGUUGACAAGUAUUCUAUCAGAUCAUUCUGUCUUUGUUUUGUGUGGGUUAUAGUCAUGGUAGGUUCAUUGCAUUAGUUGUGCCUUGAUUUUUACACUCACUCUGUUUGCAGAACUGUGAAUGAUUCCAUUCAUAUCAUUUUAAGGACUUUUGUGUGACCCUUGUACGCUACAGAAAUAUUCCAUAAAAUCAGAGUACUAAAUUACUGCUUUCUCAAUUAUUAAUUUUACAGUGUAUGCAACUGAAAAUCUACCACAUAAUUUGCAAAGGACAAGCAUUUGUUCCGUAAUUUCACAUUCAUUUAAACACUUAAAUCACAUCUUUCAAAUCAAGUCAUUCCCUUCAUCAGAUAUGCACACUUUACAAUAAACUAGCAUGACUGCUUACCACAGUCUGUUAAAGCAUACAAAAUAUUUGUAUAUCUUCUAUCUCUACACUGAUUUAAUCAUUUUAAAUCUCCUUAGGGUGAUAUCUGUGACUCACAAUUUAUAAAGCAUCUCUUCGAUACAGAAAAUAUCGAUGUUGUAUUGCAUUUUGCUGCACAAACCCAUGUAGGUAAGGACUCGUAUUGCAAAUGUGUGUAUACAGUUUAAUAAUGAUGUGUACAAAUAAUUGCAAAUGUAAUCUUUUGGCAGUAAUUAUUACAACAUGCUUCCAUACAGGCACACAUGCUAGAAUGAGCAAAGAAAUGUAUUUAGUUUUUUUUGCAUAUUUGUAGAAUCUGUGAAUAUGUGAAAUUUAGAAAUAACAGUUUUGCAUACAGCUAGUAUUUAAGUAAACCAAUGCAAAUCACAGUGAUAAAAAUAAAUAAAACAAAAUGGUAAAACAAAUGAAAUAUAAAGUAUAAUCUAUCUGAUAAGUAAACCAUAUUGAAUCAACAAAACUAAAGUUCAAAUAAACAUGGUCAAAAAUUAAUUGAAUGUUAAUACAUCAACCAAUAUAUGGGAUGUUCUAUGUAAACUUCACUAAGCUUUUGUCUGUGUUCUGUUUUAGAUCUUUCAUUUUUGAAUUCCUUUAAAUUUGCUUUUGUGAACAGUUAUGGCACACACAUUCUACUCACUCAUGCUCAUGAAGCUGGGGUAGAAAGGUUUGUCUAUAUAAGCACAGACGAAGUUUAUGGUGGUAGUCUGGAUGAGGUAAGAAUCCUAGUAAAUUUUAAUGACCUUUUUAAAAUGAUCAGCUUUGUUGACUUUUUGUGUUCUAUCCUGUCAAGUGGUAUGUAUUUGGAUGUUCACUGAUAUUAAUUUGAUCACUGUUAACACAUUAUUCUAUACGCAACACUAUAAUGGUUAAUUAGGUUUUGGGUGUCAUCCAAUAGCAAUGUGUGUAUAUAUAAAUACAGAAAUCUUCAGAAUAACUCUAGGAAAUCCUCCGUAAUUGUUGUCAUCUCUUUCUCUUCUGAUACAGCUUUUUAUUCUUCUAUUUAUUCUUAGUUUUAUGUAAAUAUGCUUUCAGUGACACUAGAGUUAUGUGGGUUCCAAUACUUAAUUCGGUAGUUUGUGGGAUUUACUAAUUUAAUUAUGUACAAUUUUGUUAAGUUUAAUCUGUAUUACAACUUUAGAAAUAACUAGAUCAGAAAGGACAGUGAUCACUUAUAUCAAGGCUCGACAAAUCCCAGGUCGCCAUGGCGACAACAAAUUUUGCCCUGGCACCUGUGAUUUGUCAGCCUUUUACCUAAAGUGGUCGGCUGGGCAAACAAUGAAGUUGGCCGGCUGCCCGCCCGCGGGAGCAUGGAGUCGGCCGGCUCAGGGAGCGUUGUAGUUUCCUAAGCUGGCCGUCUCCAUACAGCCCAGGGCGGCCAGCUUAGGAAACUUUAUAGCAAGCCGGAGAAAUAAAGUAAACAGAGUGCAGGUCAGGAGUCCAGAUACAAGUCAAGGGCUCAUGAGCUGCACCACUGUAACCACCUAAUAGGGAGCUCUAAUGAGGGGCUAACCCUCCAAAAUAUGUAGGUAAUAGGAGUAGGUGAUGUUGGUUUCCCCUUGUGGGACUCUACACAUCAGGAGAGCUCCACUAUACCAUAAAUGAGGAAGGGAGGCCCUACCUUUAAUCAAUCCAAGGAUAAAAAGGGAUAUACAAGCAAACAGUAUAACUUGAAAAAAAGGAAAUCUACAAAACGGUGCCCAGGGGAUCAAUUGUCUGGAGUACUAGCUAGCAUCUAAGUUCCCCUAGUGUCUGACUGACAGGAAGGUAGUGUAAACGAGGUUAGGGAGGGAGAAGAGGCACAGGGUCCCCAGAGAACAAGGGACCGGGUAAUCGGGUCUAAACGCAGAUGAAAAGCCUCACACAAAUAAAUAAAUCUCUCAAUUCACCCUAAAAGUUACCUCGACACCGUGGUCUAACCACUAGUGUCUACCUGAACCAAUUCUCCCUACUAAAGUUAUAAAUAAAUAAAUAAAUACCUAAAGCAAGCCGCCCUGGACUGAAUGGAGGUGGCUGGCUCAGGGAGCAGUGAUCUUCCUGCAGCUCCUCUCUGCUCCCUCACGCUGUGUAUGUAUAUGAAGUCAUUUCGGCCCCGGCAUCACUGCAGACAGUGCGAGGGAGCAGAAAGGAGCUGCAGGAAGAUCACUGCUCCCUCGCACACAGGAAUACCAGCCCCACUGGACCCCAGGGAAAGUCCACUCAGCUCUUCCAAAGGUAGGGAGGCUGGGUGGAUUAGAAUUAAAAAUAUAAAUUUGUGAGUGUUAGAGAAAGUGAGUGUGUGUGUGUGUGUGUGUGUGUGUAUAUAUGUAUGUAUAUAUAUGUGUGUGUGUGUGUGUGUGUGUAUAUGUAUAUGUGUAUAUGUAUGUGUGUAUAUAUAUAUAUAUAUAUAUAUAUAAUAAUAUGUGUGUGUAUAGAUAGAGAGAGAGAUAUAUAUAUAUAUAUGUCUGUUUAGGUACCUGCCCUCCUCCGAUCACAUGAUUGGUGUUUUAUACUCACCUUUUUUCCCACGCCGUACUAGUUUUGCCAUUGCUUGUCCCGCCUCCAUAGCGGAGAUCUUAAUAAUCUCGGCUAAGCCAAUGCUUCCCCAUAGGAAAGUAUUGGGAGGAUAUUAUGCAUGUUUUCUAUGGGUAACAUUCAGCACCUCUAUGCAGAGCACUGACACAGGACUCUCUGGUCGCUGUCUGUCUGACUGUAACUAGAGGUCUUAGUAGGCUGCAAUGUAAACGCUGCCUUUUCUCUGAAAAGACUAUAGGCACCAGAACAACUACAUUAAUCUGUAGUGGUUCUGGUGACUAUUGUGUCCCUUAAAUAACCGGGCCCCUAACUUUUUUAGCUGGGUCCUAGAUUCCAAACAAAUUUGUCAAGCCUGACUUGUAUAUAAAAUACAUUUUGCUAAAAACUGACACACUGCACCAGGGUGCCAUAUUGUAUUGUUUGUCUGUUUUUGUUUUUUCUUUCUUUUCUCCAGAAAAUGCAAAACAUUUGUAUUACAAAGUUUCUAAAAGUUUGAGUUUAAAAAAAGGAUGCCCUGUAGGAAAUUAACUUUGAUUAAUCUCUUAGCAUAUAAUCUGUUUUUAUGCAGGCUUUUGACUUUACUCCAGCUCACUGCCAUCUUUUAAAAUUCAUAUUUCAUUAGGAAUUUGAUGAAACAUCACCAAAACGGCCAACAAAUCCAUAUGCAUCGUCCAAAGCAGCUGCAGAAAGCUUUGUGCUGUCUUUCUGGGAAACGUACAAGGUAAGGAGACAUUGAGACAGCCAAGGAUUCAUUAGCACAGGGAGUCUUAACUCUAUUCAGCAGGGUAUGUGUGGAAAUGAAGCAUUGCACAGCCAUAUGUUGUGAAGUGUGAAAGGAUUUUUAGACUGCUGGAUACAUUUAGAUUAUUGAGCACAUUCUACCACCUGCUCUGCAGUUCACCAGCUGUCAUUAAAUUCUUUCAUAUCAAAAAUUGUUUAUAAAGUUAGAACCUGUAAUCACAGUAAACACAAAAAUAUGUGAUACAGCCAGGACUGAUUUUAAUCAAUAUGCCCCCUAAGGUGAAUUGGUAGACUGUGUCCUUAUGCAAAAGAAGAUAUUGCUGGCUUUAGUUGCAAGACAACAAAGGGUCUAAUAUGUGUGAUCAAAAAGCUUUAUUUCAAUUCAGAUUUGUCAUCAUAGCUGUAACUAUUAAAUAAAUGACAAGUGAUUUCCUUUACGUACUACAGUGUAGGUUUAUGAAGUUGGUCUAACCAGUAAUAACAUUUGGCUGAGAUUGAAAGAACUACCUUUUGAAGAUAUUGAGCCCCCGUAGGUAGUUCAGGAGUCCUACAGAAGGAUUCCAAGGAUCACCUAAUGUACUCCUCUUCUGAAAGUUGUUGGCAAAAUAUCUACUACUGGUAUUCCCAUCUAUUAUUAUUAUUAUUAUUAUUAUUAUUAUUAUUAUUGCCAUUUAUUUAGCGCCAACAAUAUUAUGAGAGUGGGUGUUUAACUAUAAAUAGGACAAUUACAAGAAAUCUUACAGGGAUUAUGCUGAAACACUGAGUAGUUAAAGACCCCUUUAUUGUUUGCUAGGCCGAAAAUAGCAUCCCAUACUCCAUUUCAGCAACGAUCAGAUGACAACUUACCCAAAGCAUUAAUAUAGUAAUUACCCCCCAAAAUAUUACAUUUUGCCAGGUCAACACUUUGGUGUUCAGCCCCAUUACUACUUUUUCUGUUUAUAAAAGCUUAAAGGACCACUAUAGGCACCCAGACCACUUCAGCUUAAUGAAGUGGUCUGGGUGCCAGGUCCAGCUAGGUUUAACCCUUUUUGCAGUAAACCUAGCAGUUUUAGAGAAACUAUGUUUACCUAUGGGUUAAUCCAGCCUCUAGUGGCUGUUUCAUUGACCGCCACUAGAGGCGCUUCUCACAGUGAUUUUCACAGUGAGAAGACGCCAGCGUCCAUAGGAAAGCAUUGAUAAUGGAUAAUGCCCGCAUGCGCAUUCAGCCGAUGACGGAAGAAGAGGGAGGAGAGUCCCAGUGCUGAGGGAGCCCGGCACUGGGAUUAACCCCUUCAGUGCCACGGGAGUGGGACCCUGAGGGUGGGGGCACCCUCAGGGCACUAUAGUGCCAGGAAAACGAGUAUGUUUUCCUGGCGCUAUAGUGGUCCUUUAAAGACACCACACAAAAUGGUUAAAUAUGGAGCAUUGGCCUUCUUAUUAGCCUUACUAUUGCAACAUAUGUACCUGGCUAGAAAAGGUGUUCCAUCAAAACUCAAACAAAAUUAUUUAUAAGAGAAGACACACAGAGGCCAAUAAUUCCUUUCGAGGAGCUACAAAUUUCAUUGAAUGGGUUGCAACCAAACAUACAGGUUUUGCUAAAUACAUAAUAAUACAUAUAAUUUGAUGUGUAACGCUGAUGUGUAACGCUGAAGAAGCCAUUAGUCAAAAUUACCACCUGGAAGUACAUGUGGAGCUUGACAUAUGAAGAAAUCACUAAUGUGUACUGAUUGAAAUGUAGUGUAAUGGUUUUGUAGUUUUAUAAAACCAAGAUUAUGUUUCAUAAAAGGGGAGACUUAGCAAAGUAAAACGUGCUACUCUUCUGCAAUGUGCAAAAUAAGAAACAAUCACCAAGUAAAACUAUAGAAUUUAUCUCAACAUGUAAAACUUUGUACCCCAAAUAGCAAAAGUCUAAAUCAAAACUGACAUUAUCCGUGCCUCAUGGCUUGCAAAUAACUGCUUAUCAGCUGGAAUUCAGCAUUUUGAUAUCAUUAAUGAAAUAAUGGGUGGAUAGAAAAACCAUAAAAUACAAAAAAAAACUCACAAAAGUGAAGUUUUUAAAAUUAGCUUUUUCAUUAGGACUAUAAUCGCUAUUGUGAACCUUGGAUAAACUUGUGAGUGCUCAGAGCAAAACAUGUAAAUUUCCUUAAAUUUUAAUUUCAGCCCACUAAGAAAUUGGUACUGUUUAAAUAUCGUUGUCCAUACAAGACAGACAACCUGUACAAUAAAUCUGUCUAUAUAAUGGGCAAAAUCCAUGUUCUAUUGUGAGCAAAUCUAGCACAUGUAUAAACCAAAAGACUGACCGGAUUAUUCACCAAAGUGCGAAUUGAAAGUGAAUUUUUAACUUAAGGUCAAAAUAGCCAAACUUGAAAAAAUCUAUGACUUCAACUCAGCUACUCUGGCUACUUAGCUAUCUUUAAAUUCAAUAAAUCCUGUGAAAGGUGGCUGUGUCAAAUGUUCAUGUGUGGAAAUUUCAGAUAUAUGGUAGAAACAUUUUAUUAUUUUUCUUACAAUGCACAAAUGUCCACUUAAAAUAAUUUGUUUAAUUUCAGUGAGUUAAAAUACAGAUUGAAAUUGAAAUAUGCCCUAUGAAAUUCACUGACUCUUUAUACGUUUGCAAGCCAUCAUACUUUAUUUUCUGUUAUGUAACUUAUUGCAGUACGUUAGGCAGAUUUGUUUGUUGAUAUUUUUGCAUAUAGAGUGUGGUUCCAGCACAGAACCAAUACAUGUGUUUGUUUCUUUUUCAGUUUCCAGUUGUUAUCACAAGAUGUAGCAAUGUUUAUGGACCUCAUCAAUACCCAGAAAAGGUUAGUGACAUAUACAUGUGCUCAAACGUUAGGGCUGACUUCCUAAAUAAUUGACUGUCCCAAGUCAAAAAAAGUGUCCAGGUUGUACAGCGCUGCGGCAUAUACUGGGCCCUUGUUCAGCAGAAAUGUUUGCAUUUCAGGGGCAGAUCCAGAACCUAAACUCUGGAGGGGCACUGGUAGAUUAUUUAAAGAAACAAUCCAGGCACAAUAACUACUACAGCAUGCUGCAGUGGUUAUGGUGCCCUGGUGCCCUCCCAAGGUAAGUAGUCAAAGUGUUUAAGAACAGUUUGACAACUUACCUGGGGUCUGCCGGGAUUGGGGCUUUAGUAGGGGAUAAGAGCAGUGGUGUGUGUGUGUGUGUGUGGGGUGCAGUGUGCGUGUAUAGGGGAGAAUUAUUGUGCGUCUGUGGUGGUAGGAAGGUAGAUUUAUAUAAUAAAAGAAACCAUAAUUUUGAUAUCCCCCCUCCCUGCUUACCUUUGUCUGGGGAGGGGGACAGUACUAAUCCCUGGUGGUGAGUGAACUCUAGCAGCUCCUGACGCUAGAGUACACUCUCACGAGAUUCGGAGCGUUGCCAUGGUAACCACGGCUACGUUUCAAACUUGCGAGAGGAGAACCUGACGGAGCUCCCCAGGUCCUCUCCCUCCCCUGUCGAAUGCAGCAUUACAGUACUAGCGGGCCGGUGAGGGAGAUCUCUCAUCCGGUCCUGCAGAGCCGGCAGGGGAGAGUAAGGCAUGGUUCCCUGUGCUAUGAUCAUAGCAACAUAUUUUGUAGCUCCCCUGUGUUCCCACAGUUUGGGAACCGCUGGGUUAGACUAACCCUUGUUGUGCUGUCCUCACCUAUCUCACAAGAAACGAAAAAACACUAAAACUCACUUUCCUAUGGUAAAAUCCAAACACGAACGCAGCCAUUGCCGCGCAUGCGCGUUAGGUCUCCCCCGCCAGCGGGAAAGGAGGGUUGGCGAAGCCUGACCCAGCGCAGAGGGACAUCGGUUCUGGAUUCAGGUAAGUGGCUGAAGUGGCUUAGCCCUGCUGGAGGGGGGUCGUGAGGGAGGGGGCACUGCAGCAGCCUAUAGUGCCAAGAAAACAGGUUUGUUUAUAGAAUCACUUAAACUGUUUCAUUAAAUUAUAUAUUAAACAGAUUGUGCAAUAAAGGAACAUAGAAUAUCAAGGUUUCUUUACAUUAAGUGUUUUGGAACGCUGUGCAAGUCACAUGCAGGGAAGUGUGAUUAGGGCUGUAUCAACAAGUUGUUUUGGUGCUUACAGUAUCCCUUUAAGUGGGCAGUCUUAACCAUGGAUAUCCACCGCAAAGGUCCCUCACUCAUUGGAAUUUGCUUUUCUUAAGAUGUAAGAGUGAUCGUGUCUAUAUAAAUUAUGUCUUUGGCCCCCUAGAAAAUUUUCUGCAAACACUCUUGGUUCCAACAUGUCUAUAUUUGGAGAAAGUGGACAAGUGGCAAUUAGCACCACAAUACUUGAAAUCUGUUCUUUAGUAUGUUUUCCACAAGACAUGAGUACCCUGAGCCUAGAUUACAUGUUGUCACAUGACAUGACAUUGCACCAUGAGUUAUGAAGAAGGGACAGAUGAAUUUCGCUGUUAUGGCAGUAUGGGCUAAUGGUGACUACAUGUUUUUUACUUGAUGUUGGUAUAACACUUGUUAGACCACAUGUAUAGAAUCUGUGUGAAUGGUAUGUUCGACCAUAAAUAUGUGAUCCCAACUCACUGUAGUGCACCUGCAUGCAUGGGCAUUGAAUAAUGCAGAGUGAAAAAUAAAUAUAUUAUCACUUUAGAUACAACUGGCAGGUGAACACCUUUUGGAACAAUUUUGUUGUUUUAGGAAUUGUAGAAAAUACUUUUUUUUAAAUUUUUUUUUUUAUUCUCUAUAAGAGAAUUAUAAUAUUCUCGUAGACAUUGCAAACAAACUUAUGACUUAUGUAAACUUAUGUAUUUUCUUUUUCUUUUAGGUCAUACCCAAAUUUAUUUCUUUAUUACAACACAACAGAAAAUGGUGAAUAUUAAUAAUAAUAAUAAUAAUAAUAAUAAUAAUAAUAUUAUUUUAUUGUGUUUUUGCAGUGCAGAAGAAUAGUACAAACAAGCUUGUGGUGCCCUAACAGCAAUCCUCAAGCUCAUGAUCGCACAAGACACGCACAAUUAUUAUAAUUAUUAUUUUUUUUAAUAUAAAGACAAUAUAUGCUAGCUAUGCUUCCCUGACUGGUCGACACAAGCUAAAUCAUAAUAUGGCAGUGGUUGCAAUAUGCUAUGGUUAAGAAAACGUGCAAAAUCUUGCAUGAAACCAGCCAUACGUAAAGGGGAAGAAGUAGAAGUGUGCUAAGCCAGGGUUACAUGAGUUUCCCACUGAGGGUUACCACUGACAUUAACAUGGUACAGGACUGAUAGAGGUAUGCUUCAAUAAUAUGCCCAGGGCUUAAAGGAAACACAGGGACUGAAAGGAUCUGAUGAAGUUUCAGAAUUGACAAGUGUUGCACACUCCCUUAGUAAGGUUAGCUUAGCCUGCAGGUAAGCUGCAGUGUUGCUCAGAGCAGGUGAGGUAGAUUUAACUAAACCUGAGAUAUAAAUCACAUAAAACCAGGGUGCAGCAUGAAUUAAGUGAUUGGGGGUUAAGCUGGCCCUGUUUGGAUAGUCCAGCGUCAGCCUACACCAAGACAUGAGAACAUGUGGAGGCAGCUCGUAGGUAGUCCAGGGCAGGGGCUAAGUGUGUAAUCCCUCUAGCCCUGGGCCAUGUUGAGGGCCUGCAUCACUUUACCACAGACUCGGGGUCUCGCUGUAGCGUCCAAGUCCUUCCUUACUGGGAUGUGGCAGAAGCUCCUGAUGGUCGGUCGCCGCUUGUGGCGUAGGAUCCUCUGCAGGUGACGCGUCAGGAGGGGGUCCCUGAUUGCUCUCUGCCCAGGCAGCAUAGUGUGGGAGAUUUAGGAGCUUGGGAGGAAGUUGUGCCCGGAGGGGACUCGAGCACCCUGUUAACUGCUCUCCUCCAUCCACUCUACGGGCCCCCAGCUGCUGCCGUGACUCCUGCCUCCAGUUGCGUCCAGAAACUUUUAUCCAGGCGCCUCAGAAUGCGUUCUAGUGUGACGCACCCAUCUGGCACUGCAGGCUGUUGCCGACCAUCAGAGAAAGUAGGUGCGUCCGCCAUUUUCAGGAAGUUUAGCUUGAGCCUGUACAGUUUCAGCUGCCUGUGGUCAGCAAGGUGACUGGAGUUGAUCAGUGGGGACCGGGAUAACCCCAGCCGGUCCAGUGGGGGGGGGGGAAUUCGCAUGAGUCACCACUUCCGCUCAGGAACCAAGAGAGCUGCCGCCUCUCUGUGGUUCAGCCUCAUGUAGGCCUCGAGUAGGGUAUGCCAAAGCCUGUGCAAGGUACCGCUGGGUACAGCAGCAUCUCACCGCUAGAGUAAUGAAGGCUGUGGUCAAAAAGUGCGGGUAGCUAGGGUAUACACCCUGAUAUUUGUUGCCAGAUGUGUGAGCUCUUGCUACACAGAUCUGGUGUGCUUAGCAGUCAGACUCCAUCCCCUUUUGCUUUUUGGGUUAAAUGUUUUUUAUUUUUUUUAAUAGUUUAGUUUUAGUGCUUGGGGAAAAAAAGCACAGACUUUCUUGUUAUUAAACUUUUGUUUAGGGUCAUUCACGUGGUACAAUAAUUAUAAUGUUGGUUGCUUGACCAUUUUUAAAUCUUCUAGAUUUUCUUUUAUGGAUUUUUUUUAUAUAUAUACACCUCUAUGUAUUGUUAAUGCAAAACCACCACUUUUUUAUUUUAAGUUGACUUGGUUUAACAACUGAGGCCAACUUUGUGUCAUCUUACACAACAAAUUUUGGUUAUACAACUGUUCAUACAAUCUGCAAUACCUCUGCUCAGGAAGCUCCUUGGAUCAAACUCUGAUUUCUACAGCACAUUACAUGCACAUUUUUCACAUUAUUGUUCCUUUGACUUAAGUCCUAAUGUAAUGCUGUAAACAUCUGUGCACCAUGACACAAAGAGAGCAACCUUGGUUAAAUCUUAUUAAAAUGAAAAGUGGUGGUUUUGCAAGACCAAUACAUAGAGGUCACCACUGAAAAAAAAUAAAAAAAAAAUUAAAAUGGUCAAGGAGUCUACGCUUUACCACUUAAUAUUGAUUAACCCUUUAGUAAUUUUUUCUGGAACUUGCUGUUAUUUGGAGUUAAUUAUCUACUAAUGCUCUGUCACAAAAACAAGAAUGAAUGAUUAUCUGCUGAUGCCAACUAGCCUUAUUAUUUCUUUAAUCCAUAUGGAUUUUAGAUUUUUUGCUAAAUUUGUUUUAUUUUAGUACUCUUUAGUGACUGUCCAUGAAAAUUGACAUUUCACAACAGUGAAAUCAAAUACAAGCCAUGAUAAAGUACAUAGUAACUGAACCAUUGUAAACAGAGCAUGGUCACAGGAUAAGCAUACAUACAGUUCCAUUACGGAGUGAGAAAGGUGGAAAACAUAUGCAAUUUUAUUUCUUGUAGUCCUGCUAAGCAAAUAAGAAAGACACAUUGUAAAAGGUACUAUGGAUCCAACCGUCCAAAAAUUAAAUUUUUAAAAGGACACUAUAGAUACCAGAACAACUACAGCUUAAAGGGACAUUAGUCACUAAAACAACGUUGGCUUAAUGUAGCAGUUUUGGUGUAUAGAGCAUGCCUCUGCAAUCUCACUGCUCAAUUCUCUGCCAUCUAGGAGGUAAAUCAAAUUGUUUAUGAACCCUAGUCACACCUUCCUGCAUGUGACUUGCACAUCCUUCCUAAACACUUCCUGUAAAGAGUCAUCUAAAGUUUAUCCUUCCUUUAUUGCAAAUUCUGUUUACUUUAGAUUUUCUUAUCCUCUGCUGUGUUAAUAGCUUGCUAGACCCAGCAGGAGCCUCCUGUGUGUAAUUUAAAGUUCAAUUUACAGAGCAGGAGAUAAAAUCUUUUAAGGAAAGUUUACAUCUGAUUGAAAGUUAAACCAGUUUUUUUUCAUGCAGGUUGUGUCAAUCAGAGCCAGGGGAGGUGUGACAAGGGCUGCAUAAACAGAAACAAAGUGUUUUAACCCAUAAAUGCAGUGAAUUGAGCAGUGAAAAUUCAGAGGCAUAAUCCAUUCACUAAAACUGCUUCAUUAAGCUAAAGUUGUUUUGGUGUCUAUAGUGUUCCUUUAAUGUUGUUGUGCUAUUGAGUAUAGUCAGUCCCUGCAGGUUUUCAAGUGAAUCCCUAAUUCGGUCUCCCAUUGGUUGGUAUAAAGUGUUGUGUAAUAUAAUAAUGUAAUUAAAGUGGAAAAGAAGUUGACUUAACAUUACAUAACAUUUGUCUGUAACCUGCAUAAGAAUUGAACUGAAUCAUGAUCUAAAAGUAGAAAACCUUUAGGCAGAGCUGCUAAAUCCAAACCCCAGAUAAGUAAUUUAAACACUGUUGUUACUACAUCAUAUUAAAUAAGGUUGAUGUAUCUCUCAAGUCUCUUUUCGUGUUAUGUGAGGACUUGGAUUGAAUCAAUGUUCAGAGACUGACUGGUGAGAGUGCUCCUAUUUUAGCUUAUCUUAGCGUUGAUGGAUACCUUCACUAAUUGAGUUAAGUGGUACAGCUAAAAAGGAGUUGUAUUCACUCCUCUGUGAGAUUGGAGUUCUUCGACUGAGAUCCUGAAGUACUUGGAUAUGGAGCCUCCGUCUGUCCAUCAUGUGGUAUUCAACACUUAAUAUGCUGUUUCCCCUUAAUCAAAUAAACAUUCUUGAUCUCGAAAAGUGAUAAACUAUUACAGACAGCUUAUUUCACAUCGCAUGAAUGAGCAUGCAAAGUAGGCUUAAGUGUCCAUACUGUAACAGAAAUUAACAGAGGUCAAUGCUGGUGUCAUUCCUAAAACAACUUAUUAUGUGUCUGGAUUGGUAAUUUACAGAAACUGGACAAUGACAAAUCUAAAUUAGAAAGAGGUCAUAGAUGAAAAAUAAUCUGCAGAAUGAUUUGUUACCAUUAAUAAUGCAAUGUUUUCUGCAAUUUAAGCUUUAUCCAUGGCACUGGACGCCAGACACGAAAUUUCCUCUAUGCUACAGAUGUUGUAGAAGCAUUACUAACCGUUUUAGAAACUGGGAAAAUUGGAGAAAUCUACAACAUUGGUACAAAUUUUGAAAUAUCCGUAACUCAACUUGCUAGGGAGCUGAUCGAAUUGGUAAGUCACAAUGAAUGCAUUACUCAGAUUAAUACAUGUUGUUCCAUUAUAGCAUUCUUAAUGAUUACUGCAAAUGUGUAGUUUAAAACCUGGAUUCUUGAAUUGAUUGACUCAUUAUCUAGUUCCAUAUAAGAAGAUUUUAUACAUUUUUAUAAAAAGAUUAAUAAGAUAUGAGCAGUUCUGAUUCUCCCAACAACUCACGUUAAAGCCUCAAUGAAUACUGAAACACUAAGUCAGUGAUUGUUCAGAGCUUUAUUAAUGUGGACUUAUCAUCUUUAUGUUAAUUAUACUGUUUGUAUGCUCCUUUUUUUUUUUUUUUUUUCAGUAGAUAUUUUUUUAAAUAUUUUAAAAUGAAGACUUUACUUACUUUUCUCUUAUUUACAAGUGUCUGUCGGUGGGAGAGUGGAAUAUUUGAUUCUCAAACCUCUAAUGAUCAAUUAUAUUUUUGUGUGGUCAGUCUACACUGUAACCCGAUAUAAAGUAAUUAAGAAAUCAGAUGUAAUAUUUCAAAUAGUUAAAUAUUAAUCUCUAUCACCACAUAUCCAGCUAGCGAAAACUGGCUUAUUUUGGUUAAACUAAACAUUCAUUCAGUUUCUGUCUUUUCUAUGAGCUCAUUUUUAGGCAUUUCCGUGUAAAUCACAGAGCUCCACAUUAAUACCUCUUGAGUUGAGUAUUUAAACUAUAAAAUGUGUACAAAUUAGUUUGUGCAAACAAAAUAGCUGAUCUAAAUUACUAUUUAAGUUACAUAACUGAUAAAAAAAAAAAUAUAUAUAUUUUAUCAGGUCAAAAUGUUCACACUUCCAAUGCAGGCCUUAAAAUGUCCUUUUCUAAUAUUUGCAAUUUUUGUAAAGUGUGCUGUAUGUUGUUGGAGACACAGGGUAACAUGAUCACUUACAUAAAGUACUGUGCAAGAAUGAUGUAUAUAAGACAUUGAGAAUAAAUGAAUUUUAACAAUUUAAUGGUUCUUGCAUAUAUUUCUUGUACACAGAUCAAAAAUACAACAUCGGAAACAGAAACAAAGGACUGGAUGGAAUAUGUAAAUGACAGGUAAUUUUAGGAUGGGGGAAAAAAAUUAUAAAGUUAUAAUGUAUUGGAAUUAGACUCUCUCUUCUUUCUCUCUUGCGGUUUAAGUAGAUCAUUGUGUAUGUGGGCUGAAAAAUCAUAUGUCUGAAACUAUCUCACCUUGUAAAUGCAGCUAUUGUAAAUACUUGCUAGGGGCAUCAUACUUUCAAUGUGAGCAUAUUGCUUGAAAAGCAUCACAAGGGCUAGAGUUGUUAAAAAAAAUUUUUUAUUUUUUUUAUUUUUAUUUUAAACCAGGGAUUCAUAUAAUGAACAAGGUAUUAAGUGACUCAUUAUUUAAUUUUAAAAUGAAAGCUCCCUCACCCAUGGUUUGUCUGUGUGCAUAUAAUAUGAUUUUAAUGGUAAUGCACAUGCAAUUAUUCCCCAUAAAGAAUAGGCAAUAGUGCAUAAAUCACCUCCAUGCAGUUUGGGGCUGUAAUCUUGGGCAAGCUGGGACAUACAAACCCUGAAUUCAGAAUUUUUAAAUGAAAGUAUAUCUUUUCUAAAAAUAGAAACCCCUGCGUAUUUAUUUAUGGUGCAUUUGAUAGUAUUAAUCCAGACAUUUUAUGACCAGUCUCUGCCAAAAUCUGAGGUAAUAUGUAUCCACACCUACAGACACAGCAUUGUAUUUUGCUGUGCUUUUUGUAAGCUUGUUCUACUGUAAUAACAUACCCCAAUGUGUGUUCUAUUGAUCCCCUGAUUUAAAAAUACCCCUUAUGUUUGCCUUUCACCAUUCUAGUAAAAUUACAAGGCCAAAUUUAGGCUAGAGCCAUUUCUGUUUUCAAGUAUCCUAAAUUACAGGCAGCAAAAUAAACUAGGUUAGAUAAAGGGUGUCAGGAUGGGAAUGUUCAGUGGGGGUUAACCCCGAAUGGAAUGCAAAAUAGUCACAAAGAUACACACAGAUUACCAACCCAAUCGAUACUAUAAAAUAGCAUUUACUUUGUCAAAAAAAAUUAUAUGUGAAAUACCUUAAUUCACAAAUAAACCAUUGUAACAGCUUUCAAUGGAGCAGAGUGUGUUUCAAAUUAGAAAGGAUGAGUUGAAAUGUGUAAAAAAAAAAAAUGAGGAAUCUGCCUAUAGACUCCGUAUUGACCCAUUAUAUCUGUACGUAUAUUGAUGUAUUAAAAUUAUUUAAUGGACUAAGGCACUAGUAAUCGCACAGAAGAGGGAGAUGUUGAAUAAAUGGUUAGUGUCCUUUUAAGAAAUCAAAAUAUAUGACCCAAGAAGGUUGUACUGAGCACUAACUAUGCAGAAGUAUAUGCAAAAGAAUACAAAAACUUACAGGAAAUGGUCAACUAACUAUACUGACAAGAUAAAGUAUGCAAAAGAAAAUAAUAAAAUAUACAGCUCAAAAAACCCCACAGCUCUCUGUAAAUAAUAAGCUACUACUGAUAACAGUAUGUACCAUAAAACUAUGUUGCAAAAUGUAACUUGUUUAAAAAGGAGGCAAUACAAACUAUAUGUAUGUGUUGACACAAAAUAGCCAAUAACCCUGCAAAUAAAGCUUUCCUAAAAAAGUCACAAAUGGUUACAAAAAUAAGCACAAUUUUCUUUAUAAUUCGUUGAGCUACAGCCCUAUCCCUUGUGCACCACCAGUUAUUUACAUAUGAACAUAGCACAGGCUUGAGGGUGCAAAUAUGGACUUUCACAAAGUGAUGAUUUCGCUUAACAUCUUCAUUUUCAUUAAAAAAAAGACAGAGGGGACCUUCAGUUAACCAUUAGAGCAAACAAAGAACAAAUAACCCUAACCCUUUGGUCAUCGAAUUAUAUAGUUAACAAUGGGCUAAAGAAAAUUUGUGUGUGAUGUGGUUGAAAACCUUUUCAUUAGGCUUUCUUAUGCCUGGCGGUCAGCGAUCAUUGGAGUUCAAGUGGUAGAGCCUGCUGCAAGAUCUCCUUGUUAUUGUUUUAUUGCAGACCUAUCAUUUAGCUUGAUUCAGUCAUUUGCACCCUUGAAUCGUUAAAACGCAUAAGUCUAUUUAUUACCAAAUCACAUUAAAGGGAGGCUUUAGGCAUCCAGACCACAUCAGCUAAAUUAAGUGAUCUGGGUGUGAUGCCCCCUUGUUUUAGCCUUGCAAGUCCCACUAGAGGAGCUUAUUCCAAAAUAGGCAAGUGAAACUCUAUUUUAAUCAGAUGGUGUCAUAGAGACCAUCUGAUUGGCACAGCGCGACUCUGGCUUCACAAUGCUUUCCUAUGGGAAAGGAUUGAAUUGGCUCAGAUUAUCAAUCCUGAUUAUCUCCGCCAAGGAGGCUAGACCGGCAGCAGAUAGAGAGAGCACUGUGGCUUAGGAUAAAAGGUUAUAUGAAAUAUGCUAGCGCUUUAUAAAUACCAGUAAUAAUAAAGGUUAUAAUAAUAUCUCUCUGUGACGCAAAAUGCUAUAACUAAAUUGCACAAAAAACAUUUUAUUUCUUAAUCUCCAGCUAUUUUGCAGAGCUUUGUUUUGAUCGAUUUAAAUUUCUUCUCUAUGUUACAACAUCCCACACAAAUGUACCUUAGGCUGCAAUAAGAGAGCGAUAGAGAGGAGGGGGCAGGGGGAAGGGGGGGAUUGUGUGAAUGGACGCGCGCGCUUGCUAACUGAAACAUUUGAAUACGAUCUUAAAUAAAAAUUUGAUAAUGGUCCAGUUGCUGUAGGACAGAACUUUUUUGUUUGUUUUUCAUUUUCUUGUGUUUACCUAUAAGAUAUAAAACUUGAGAGCAUAUUUGAUUGAUCUCGCCAAACUAUAAUUUUGUGAGAAAUAAUUAACUAUCAAUACACAGUGAACAUAAAAGAGGAGACAUUGACCGCAGAAGAAAAAAAACAAGCACAUACCAAUAUACUGGUUAGCUUAACAUUCCUAUAAGGAUUUAAAUAUUUAAUUCUGUCUUCUGCUUAGUACAACGCUAUGAAUUCAGAACUGAACUUCUACCCUAGUUCUGUUUUAUAUUAUCAUAUACUGAGUAUAAAGAAGUCGGUGGGGUUUUCCUUUUAAAAAAAAAAAAAGAGAAAAAAAAAAGUGGUCAGUGUGUCAUUUUAUUGAAUGGUUUUGUGUUUCAAUACAUUUUCAAUAUAGCUGUUAUGUUUUAGGCCAGUCAAUGAUCUCCGAUACCCAAUGAAGUCAGAAAAAAUUCAUAAUUUAGGAUGGAGACCAAAAGUUCAUUGGAAAGAUGGCAUCAGGAAAACAAGUAUGUCAGUUUACUUUCAGUAGUCCAUAGUGUCACUUUUACAAUUGUGGUGGUUUUUUUUAAAUUUAGGGGUACAAUAAUUCAGAUUUUAAAUUCAAGAGACCUGUAAUAAAGUCCAUAUUUAAAGCUGUUCAUAAAGAAUGCAGCAUUUUAAUGUUUACUUAAAUGCAAACCAUUGUCUGGAAAUCUAUUCAUCCACAGGAUUGUAAACAGGAGAAGGACAAGCACUUAGACUAAAUCUUUUUUUUUCUUCCGGUCUAAGGCAAAGGACAGGUUUUUACAGUAAGAACAAUAAGGAUGUGGAAUGUUUCUGCCCGAAGAGGUGGUUUUAUUAGAGUUUAUACAGAUAUUUAAGCAGCAAUUGGAUGAAUACUUGCAGAAAUGUAAUAUGUAUGAAUAUGCAACAUUUUAGAAAAUAAUUAACUUAGAGAUCUAUUGGUUGAUUAUAGAGAGCGCAAGAGAUAGAGAAAGAAGGAUUUCCUUAUAGAUAAAUGGAUUCACAUAUGCAAUGGUGGAAAACAAACAAGGGGAAUAACUGCAUAGGGACAAAUAGAUGGAUUGCCUGAUACCUGAAAAUAUGCCUGUGAUAGAAUAAAUAUGCUGUGAUUUAUAAUCAAAUACUAUCUUUAAACACUUGUAAUUCUGUGUUUAUAAAGAAAAUAAGCUUUACUGGUGAAGAUCAAUGUAUCUGUUGUGUUAAUUUAACAGUUGAAUGGUACAAGACUAAUUUCCAUAACUGGAAGGAUGCGAAGCGUGCAUUGGAGCCAAUUUUGUGUGAAGUUUAAGAACAAACCAUGGAUCAUAUGGACAAGCUAAAGAUCAUGUAGACAGGAAGCAGUAAGACUCCUCGUGGAAACAAAUGAAUGAAGUACUCAGACUUUUUUUUUAGUUAUGUUGGAACUGCAUCAAGAGAAAACAAGCAUUGUUUGUUGUAUUUAUGUGUUUUAUCAUUAAGGAAAUAUUUGUUCUUUACAUUUGGGGGGAGGGGAUUCUGUAAAUUAUUUUUAUUGAGAUUUAUAUGAAACGGUCAUGAUCAAUCAAAUAGCGUUAACCAUCACAAGUAUGUCAUGUAUAAUGCAUCAUUUAGAGAAAUAAAUUGUGUGAUUGCAAACCAGUUGUAUAUUCUAGAAGGAGAAUUCUGGAGAGAACAGAAAAAAAGUUUAGUCCAAGUGACAAGCUAAAUAAGUGAUUCUGUAGAACACUGGGUUGACAAUCUUCCUCAAUCCAGAUGCCAUGGUCUAAAUCUCGCAUAAUGCUGGCAAAGCAUCACUACAACAUCUGUAGUGCUGAACAUUGCCUACCCCAACUAUAUAAGAUGAUGUGCAACUGAUAUAAACUUUAUUUUAGAUCUGUUGGAAAAUUCAAACUGGAGAAUGCACACACAAAUUUUAAUCUAACUCAUCCUAGACCAUAGAACAUGAAUUUCUUUUAAUAGAAAGGUUUUCCAGGUCAGUUUAAAAUAUAUUAAUGUAUGUGAACUUUUUAAAGAGCUGAAAAGAGAACACAUGUGGUCCCGCAAUACAUUUUGAAUAGGAUGUGUUUUUUUUUGGUUUUUCUAAUUUAAGCUGUUACAAUGAGGGGAAAAAGUAUUUGAUCCCCUGCUGGUUUUGAAUGUUUGCCCACUAACAAAGAAAUGAUCAGUCUAUAAUUUUAAUGGUGGGUGUAUUUUAACACAGAGACAGAAUAACAAAAAAACAAAUUCAGAAAAACACAUGUCAAAAAAGUUAUAAAUUGAUUUGCAUGUCAAUGAGUGAAAUAAGUAUUUGAUCCCUUAUCAAUCAGCAAGAUUUCUGGCUCACGGGUGUCUUUUUAUACAGAAAGGAGCUGAGAUUAGGAGCACUCUCUUAAAUGGAGUGCUCCUAAUCUCAUCUCAUUACCUGUAUAAACGACACCUGUCCAGAGAAGCAAUCAGCCAGUCAGAUUCCAAACUCUCCAACAUAGCCAAUACCAAAGAACUGUCCAAGGAUGUCAGGGACAUGAUUGUAGACAUACACAAGGCCGGAAUGGGCUACAAGACCAUCGCCAAGCAGCUUGGUGAGAAGGUGACAACAGUUGGUGCGAUUAUUCGCGAAUGGAAAAAAAAUACAAAAACAAUUAGAAUUUACAAGACACUCUGGGUACCACAACAGCUUCAUGAUUUUUUUGUUUGUUUUUUUUGAUGCCAGGAGGUCCCUGGGUCAGUUUAUCUUAACCAUUCAAGAGCGAUGUAAAGUCUAGAAUUCAGCGCAGUUUUGGAACGAGCAGCCUCAGACCAGGGCAAUGCUAAUUGGUUGAGAGUGUCAACUGAUGCUCUAAGCCAAUCAAUAUCUCCCUGUUCAUAAAAUUGGCUUAAAAAGAAAAUAUGUAUGUUUCUCAAACCACUUUGUGGAUGGUGAACUGUUUAUUGGCUUAGAAAGUUAGCUGAAGAAUUUGAGAGAAGCGGUAGGACCUGGGGAGGCUAAAUGGCUCUGGAUUCAAGACCCUGGAGCAAGCAGUUUAACCCCUAGAAGUAGGCUGGCACCAGGGACCUUCUGGCACUAUUCCUGCAUUCCGAUAAGGUUGUUAUGGUUCUCAGUGUUCCUGUCAAUAAUCAAAAAUCACACACAUGCCUAAUUUUCAUUUUAAUGGAAUCUUAGACUAAUUUACAAGCAAAAUAAUUUUUGAAGAUACAGAAUAGAAAAAAACUUAUACAUUAUAUUUUUUCAUAAAUAUCUUUUACACAAGAUGUUGCACUUUACCUACAGGGAUUUAUGUAAAUUCAGUGUUUGUGCACACAUACUGUACAUGUUUCUGUAAAUGCCUUGUGUAUUGUAUAUAUCAUUCUCAGGGAGGAUGCUUAUAUUUAAUUUAAAAAAAAAUUGUAAUUAAAAAUUAAAUAAAAAUGUGCAAUACUAUCAAAACUGAUUUUUAUUUUUUUUUCCUCAAGUGUUACCAAUACAAUAAACAUUUGGCAUAGUCCUCUGAGUCUCUGUUUAGUCAUAUAACAAGCACAUCAUGAUUUGGUGAAUCAUUGUCAAUGUUUUUUUGUUUAAUUCUUUAUUUGUAAGUGAGCAAUAGGGUGGAAAGACAGUGAUCAUACAUAUCACAAUAUAC